AUGGAUACUAAAAGAUUAUAUUGGUCCAUCACUGUAACAUGGCUUACAUUGUUCCAAGGAAACAUGUUACUUGUUAGGGGUCAAUUUAAUUACAAGGAAGCUCUCACAAAAUCUCUUAUCUUCUUAGAGGCACAAAGAUCAGGAAAACUCCCUCCCAAUAACAGGGUCCCUUGGAGAGGAGACUCAGCACUCGACGAUGGAAAACUCGCUAACAUGGACCUAUCUGGGGGAUAUUAUGAUGCAGGAGAUAAUGUAAAAUAUGGUCUACCAAUGGCAUUUACGGUUACUACAUUAUCAUGGGCUGCCAUAUUUUACAAAGCAGAAUUUGAAGCAACAAAGGAAAUGGGAAAUAUUCAAGAUGCAAUUAGAUGGGGUACAGAUUAUUUUCUGAAAGCUAGUUCAAGAAGAAAUAGAUUAUAUGUUGAGGUAGGUGACCCGGUUGAUGAUCACAAUUGUUGGGCUCCACCAGAAAAAAUGAAGACAAAAAGAUCAGUUAAAGUAAUUGAUAGUAGCACACCUGGUAGUGAGAUUGCUGCUGAAACCGCUGCUGCAAUGGCUUCUUCUUCUAUCGUUUUUAGACAUGUCGAUCAUAAAUAUGCUCGUAGUCUCCUCAACAAAGCCAAACUGCUUUUCGAUUUCGCGAAAUCGCAUAAAGCAAGCUAUGAUGGAGAAUGUCCCUUUUACUGCUCCUAUUCAGGCUAUAAUGAUGAGUUGAUGUGGGCAGCAACAUGGCUAUACAUGGCAACAAAGAAAUCAAUAUACUUGAAAUACAUACAAGAAGAAGCAAUUAGUGCCACUGUAUCUGAAUUCAGUUGGGAUCUUAAAUAUGCUGGAGUUCAAGUUCUUCUCACUCAGUUACAUUUUAAAGGAAUAAAAGGUCUUGAAACAUUCAAAGCACACGGCGAAAGUUACAUAUGUUCGGUCCUUCCUGAUAGUCCUUACCACCAAAUCAAUUUAUCUCCCGGUGGAUUUAUUCAUAUGAGAGAUGGAGCCAACACACAAUAUGCCACCAGCACAUCUUUCUUGUUCACUGUAUAUAGUGAUUUGCUUGCCGAAUAUAAACAGAAAGUCAGAUGUGGAAACAAAGAAUUUGACUCAACUCAUCUCCUUGAUUUUGCCAGAAAACAAAUGGAUUACAUAUUGGGGAAAAAUCCAGAAGGAAGAUCAUACAUGGUAGGAUUUGGCAAAAACCCGCCAACACAAGCUCAUCAUAGAGGUGCUUCAAUUCCAAAGUUGGCACCAAAUGAAGAAAUAGAUUGUCCCACUAGCUUUGCAAAAUGGCUUCAAAGAGAUGCACCAAAUCCACAUGAGCUAACCGGAGCCAUUAUGGGUGGACCUGACAUCAAUGACCAUUUUGAUGAUAAACGUACGGAUUCACCUAAGACUGAACCUUGUACUUACGUUAAUUCUCUUGCGGCUGGUGCUCUAGCUAAACUUGCUUCAUUGGGUUAAAUUAACUUAGUUUCUUGUUAAUAUGUUAAUUACCCCAAUGUUGUUAAUUUCAAAUUAGUACUAUAUAAUAUAGUAGUAGGUUGGUCCUCGGAUUAAUCGGUCAUUGGACCGGAUACUGAAUUUUAAAAAAAUUUAAAAAAGUAGUAGUAGAUUAUAUAUGUUGAUCAAGACCUGCUUUAGCCUGUGUGGUCAGCUAA